AUGGCCGCUCCCGCCUCCACUAAAGCUGAAGCCGCUUCCACUAUCAAAUCAGCAACUUCACAAUGGCCACUUUCCUUCUCCCUGCAAUUGCCCAAAGCACAACCCACAACCCUCCGAUCAAAUGGCUUUUCUUCAGAUCGACCUGUGCCACCCUUAUGGUGGAGCCACCGCCUUUACCGGGGACCGGAGGGCAAGGAGAUUGAAAUCAUGUAUAGCAAAACAAAGACAGAGUCGGAAGCCAUUGCUCAGCGAUUUCUCGACGAGCCUAUUCUUGGAUUCGAUAUGGAAUGGCCUUGGGGGUAUUGGGUCGAAGACACUCUGCAAAAUAAAAUCGGUCUAAUUCAGGUUGCUUCUGAAGACAAAAUCGGGCUGAUCCACAUCGGACUCCAUCCAGGAAAGACAAGUAGGGACAUCAUCGCGCCUUCAUUGAAGAAAAUCAUUGAGGAUCCAAAUAUCGGAAAAGUAGGGGUUAACAUACUGAAAGCUGAUUUCUCAAGAUUAAGCCAAUACUUUGGGCUCCAGCCGAAAGGUGCCAUUGAAUUAAGUCAUCUAAACCGGCUGGUAAAGUUCGGGCCUCGCAGACCAGAGUAUGUAACCGUCAAACUGGUGAGCUUGGCACAACAAGUGGAAGAACAGCUCGGUUUGCCACUGUACAAAGGUGAUGUGAGGACAAGUGACUGGAGCAAGCCGUUGUCAGAAGAGCAGAUUGAUUAUGCAGCUGGUGACGCUUACGCCGGUUUCAUGCUUUACAAAUGCAUGAAUGCGAAGAGACUGUCCAUGAAGCCGACGCCACCUCCACCGAUAUAUGCGGAAAGGUACCCAAGCGGGAGAGCUUCAAGGGACGAUCCAAUCCUUUUAGAUGUUGGGGAUGGAACAACUAUCACAACAGCGGAAUUUUUUGGUGUCAAGCCCGUAAAGAGCAGUUUAAUAUCAACAACUUCUAAAGCGCGGAAUACCGAAAAGAUCUUGGAGCCUCUUGACGAGACCUCACAGGCUCUUUAUGAUGAGCUGCUUGUGCGUCGAGCACUUCUUGCAGAAAAGGGAAACAUACCGCCAACGCGUGUAGUUUCCGAUGUUUUGCUCCGGGCCAUUGCACGGGCACGUCCCCUGGAUGCACCCGCUCUACUUGCAAUCAAAGGUGUAGGGAAGGUUCAACAGCGGAAUUACGGAGAUGAAUGGGUCCAGGUCAUUUCGAAAUUCCUGACAAAAAACGGUAUCGAGGAGUCAGCCAGCACCGACAAAUCUUCACCGUCCAAGGAAGAGGAAGCGCACAUUCUCCGAAUCCCACGCCGUAUCCAAGUGGCUCGUCGGGUCUUAUCAGACUUGUAUUCGCCCCUUGCUUUCGACGAACCGCCACCAAGGGUGCCUCAGCUACAUACCGGUUUAUCUUUCACUCUGGCCGAGUCCAAGCUUGACGCUCAUGGCACCGCUCUUAAAGACAACGAGUCAGAUUACGGCUCCGACAACUCACUCAUAUCUCUGGAAUUUGGCAGCCCAAGGAAUCGGCGAGAAAGCUCUGGCACAAAGCGCAAGUGGGCCGAGAGCCCAACAAAGCAGAAACACAUAGACCGCAAUCCUACCAUCCGAAAGAGCAUAUCCCAUGCUCCUCCAAAACAAGCACCAUCGAUAUCCGAUCCCAACCUCAGCCCUUCUUCCCGCAUUGCAAAAUCCAAACUCCUAGCAUUCAGCAAACUCGUCACGAGCAAACUCCCAGAACGCCGCCCAGCUACCGCUCUGCCCAUCGUCUCGCCGCACACGCUAGACUUGAUUGUACGUGCGCGACCACAGACGCAGGAGGAAUUGGAGCGGAUACCGGGUGUGGACAGUUUGCUGUUGGCGUGUGAGAGGACAGGCAUAGAUUUGUUGAGGAAUGUGGUUAAGUUUGUGGGGGCUUAA